UGCAGAGGUACAUAUCUGAGCCCUAAAUCCACCCCUAAACUGCAGCAUGAAUCACGAGAUCAUGAAGAAGAAGAAGAAGAAGAAUGACAACGGUGAAGAACAGCAAUUCGAAUUCUGUGAGGUUUGUAAAUUGAACCACAACCAAGGCCGCCGCCACAUCUACUUCCCGGCACACAAAUCCUCACUCUCCGCCCUCCUCACGCGCCUCCAGUCCAAGCUCUCCGACGUCAAACCCUUUCUCAAAACCCCCAUGCUGCUCCCCGCCGAACACGCGCAGCAGAACCGCCUCUGGUGCGUGUUCUGCAAUCGCGACGUUAUUGAGCUUGAUACCCCCUUCGCUUGUGGCAAGGCGAUUGAGCAUUUGGCGAGCGGUGAGCAUUAUAAGCGAGUGAAGGGGUUCCUGUGGAAACACGGAGGCGGGACGCACCGUGCUGAUUCGUUUCGUGUUGUUGAAGGUGAUUUCAAAAAGUGGGAGAAAAAAUGCAAGGCAAUGAAGACGGAAGCUGCUAAAGCAGAAGCAGUUGGAGCGUCGAAUAAUAUCCACAAUGAACUGAACGCUGACUAUCUUAAUAGUUUUCAUGAAAAUAAUACGAAUUCUCUUGAUUUUAAUAUUACCAAUGGUGUUGUUGUGCCUUUACAAAGCUAUACAAAUGAGAAAGUUCAGGUGUCCUGUUCGGUACCGUAUUCCGCCUCAGAGGCUGGUUCUACCUCAUAUGAUAUGCGUGGGAGGAUGCAGAUGGUAGAUGCGCAAUGCUUGAAGAAUUCCACAGGUUUCAUGGAUAAUCACCUUUCGUCCAGCUCUCAUGUUGACUAUCUAAGUAAUGGAUCUCAGGUACAGCCUGGAGUAAAAGUAUUUCAUGGAGACAGCAGAUCUUUGAAUUCGAUGAACCUGCAAAAGAUUUCCUAUUCGUCUAAAGAAGCCAUCGGUGGGAAUGUGCACACUGGGGCAACUCCACCUUGGUUUAAUUCCGCGGAAGAAAAUGAGAUAAUGCAGAAACCAGAGCUGAGUAACUUCGUUAAUUCUAAAGCUGGGAAAUCCUCAAAAUUGAACCCUAAACGUGUUGGAGCUGCUUGGGCAGAGAGAAGAAAGCUCGAGUUGGAGUUGGAAAGGAGAGGGGAGGUUAUUACCAAGGAUUAUGAUGCUAACUGGCUUCCUAAUUUUGGCGGAGUUUGGCAAUCUGGUACGAGGAGAAAAUCGAGAAAAGAAUUCCAGGUGGAGAAUAAAAAAUCUCUCGAGUUUGAUAGUCAAUCAGAAAGUUUUGUGCCGUUACAGCCUUACAUCAGCAAACGAAUGCGGAGAGAUAAAAGUGAAUGAUAGAAAUCACAUCAGAAGAAGCUCGACUGAAGUCGUCACUCAAUCAGCGUUAGUUAGUCCAAACUAAUCGGUACCUUCAUGUUAAUACGGUUAAAGCUUUAACCAUGGUUAUCAAGAAAUGUAAGUGAAAAUUUUGAUAAUCUCGAAACACUUUUUGCAGUAACAUCAGUAUUCGUUGGUAAUUCUUCCUUGUUUAAAAAAACACCAAGAUCCGCUAUUUACAUAUAUAUAUGCGUUCAUUGACUAUGAU